CAUAUAUUUUGCUUCCGGCAGUGGUGCGGUGUGGACGCAUCAGUCAACGUCGUACUUAACGACCUCUCCGACCACUCUCAUUCCCUUCCCCCACCAUUUUAUCUGAGAGAGCCAUCAGAGAGCUCUUCCUUCCCGCUGCUUCUCUCCUUCCUUUCACUGAUUAGCGCGCGCAUAGGAGGAAACCUAGGGAGGAUUUCGAGCUUCCGUUCAAUUCCAUGGCGAAGGUCGGAGUCAUGCUGGAGGUCGGAAGCGACGGCGUCGCCGUCAUCACCAUGUCCAAUCCUCCCGUCAACGCCUUGGCGAUUCCAAUUCUGGCUGGACUGCAGGAGAAGUUCGAUGAGGCCAUGCGGAGGAGCGACGUGAAGGCUGUCGUGCUCACUGGCAAAGGCGGGAGGUUCUCCGGUGGUUUUGACAUCAAUGUUUUCGAGAAGAUUCAUCAGACAGGGAAUCUAAAGCUUCUUCCUAAUGUGUCUGUUGAUCUGGUGGUUAACACAAUGGAAGAUGCGAAGAAGCCAAUUGUUGCUGCUGUUGAAGGACUUGCUCUUGGUGGUGGCUUGGAGUUGGCAAUGGGAUGCCACGCACGUCUUGCCGCUCCGAGAACUCAGCUUGGCUUGCCAGAGCUGUCACUUGGGAUAAUUCCAGGAUUCGGAGGUACACAGCGUCUUCCAAGGCUCUUAGGACUGCCAAAGGCAAUUGAAAUGAUGCGAUCAUCCAAACCAAUCAUGUCAGAAGAGGGAAAGAAGCUGGGUCUAAUUGAUGAAGUUGUUCCUUCUGGAGAUCUGUUGAAAGUAUCUCGUCUUUGGGCUCUGGAAAUAGCAGAUAGACGUAAACCAUGGCUGCGUUCACUUCAUAGGACGGAUAAACUUCCUCCACUGUCAGAAGCACGUAAAAUUCUCAGUAUUGCACGAGAACAGGCCAAGAAGACUGCCAAGAAUUUGCCCCAGCACCAGGCAUGCCUUGAUGUGAUUGAGGAAGGCAUCAUUCAUGGUGGAUAUAGUGGAGUUCUGAAGGAGGAAAAAGUUUUUCAUGAAUUGGUUCUAUCAGAUACUGCAAAGGGCCUUGUUCACGUCUUUUUUGCUCAACGUGCAACAUCUAAGGUGCCUAAUGUCACUGAUGUUAGGCUAAAACCGAGGAACGUGAAGAAGGUGGCCGUAUUAGGUGGAGGUCUAAUGGGUUCCGGCAUUGCUACUGCUCUUAUUCUGAGCAACAUAUAUGUUGUCCUUAAGGAAAUCAACAAUGAAUAUCUUCUAAAGGGUAUAAAAACGAUUGAAGCAAAUGUGCAGGGUUUAGUGUCAAAGGGAAAACUGACAGCAGAUAAAGCAGAUAAAGCUCUCUCCAUGCUUAAAGGUGUUUUAGACUAUUCGGAUCUCAAAGAUGUGGAUAUGGUCAUAGAGGCUGUUAUUGAGAAUGUUUCGUUGAAACAAGCGAUAUUCAGUGAACUGGAGAAAGUAUGUCCUUCACACUGCAUAUUGGCCACAAACACAUCCUCGAUUGACCUCAAUAUUGUUGGAGCAAAGACUAGCUCACAAGAUCGGAUUGUGGGUGCUCAUUUUUUCAGUCCUGCUCAUGUGAUGCCUCUUCUAGAGAUAGUACGAUCUGAGAGAACUUCUGCACAAGUGAUCCUCGAUCUCAUGACAGUUGGAAAAAUCAUAAAGAAAGUUCCAGUUGUGGUGGGUAAUUGCGUUGGAUUCGCAGUUAAUCGGGCAUUCUUCCCAUAUUCACAAAGUGCGCAUAUGCUGGUCAACUUAGGUGUGGAUGUCUUCAGAGUUGACCGAGUUAUAACCAACUUCGGGUUCCCCAUUGGCCCUUUCCAGCUUGGUGAUGUAGCUGGAUAUGGUGUUGGGCUGGCGGUUGGGAAAAUAUUUGCUGAUGCAUUCCCUGGCAGGACCUUCAAAUCACCUUUGGGUGAACUUCUAAUAAAGAGCGGGAGAAAUGGGAAGAGCAAUGGGAAGGGUUACUACAUCUAUGAGAAGGGAAACCGACCAAGACCUGAUCCCUCAAUUUUACCACUUGUCGAGGAAUCUAGAAGGCUGACCAAUAUAAGGCCUGGCGGGAAGCCUAUAUCUGUUUCUGACCAAGAGAUUUUGGAGAUGAUACUCUUUCCCGUCGUGAAUGAGUCAUGCCGUGUCUUGGAGGAAGGGGUCGUUAUUCGAGCAUCUGAUCUCGACAUUGCCUCUGUGCUCGGGAUGAGUUUCCCAUCCUAUCGUGGGGGCAUUGUUUUCUGGGCGGACAGGGUCGGGGCUGACCACAUAUACAAGAGUCUAAAGAAGUGGUCGGAACUGUACGGUAGUUUCUUCAAACCAUCAAGGUUCUUGGAAGAGAGAGCUUCCAAAGGAGUGCCUCUGAGUGCACCAGUGUCAUCGUCUUCAGCGUCAAGGUCACGCAUGUAAGUGUAUCUUGUUGACAUUGGGCGACCAAGAAACAAGGUGACAAUACCGAAGCGGAGCAAUAAGAGAACAAGAUGUUUACAGAAGUACUCUAUGGUUUAUCUUGUGGGUUGAUGAAAUCUGUAGUAUGUGCCUAUGCGGGGAGUUGUUCUCAAUUGCAAUUAUUCGAUUUUAACUUCUGGCUGUGGCUAGUAAGUUAAUUCUGGUUCUCAGGAAAAAAAUAAAAAAUAAUAAUAAUAAUAAGUUAAUUCUGGUGCGCUUCCUUCC